AUGCUCGAUUUCGGCAGUAAAGUCGCCAUGAGCAAGAUCUUCUCCGUGACAUGCGAGCCCCCACCGCACCGGCCCCGCGACCCCGCGGCCCCUGCCCCCGCCUGGGUGUUCCUCGAGCCGCAGGCGUACCUCGCCGACGUGAGGAACGCUACCACCGCGGAGGCCUUCUCGAGCGCCGGCCACACCGUCCAGGUCACUGUCUGCGUCAGCGACCCGCUGGACGUCUCCUACCUGUGCAUUCACUGUCCCGGAGUUCCGGAGGCCAACUGCGGCAGGCCCAGCAUCGUCUGCUCGGAGAAUGACUUUCUCAUCCUCUCUGUCCUCUUCAUGCCCGCCCUCAGAGGGCGCGAGUACUUCGUCUACAAGGCAGGCCCCGUGCCGUCGUUGCGCCUGCUCCCGGGCCCCUACCCUCGUGUCCUCACGUCCUCGGAUCUGGGCCUCCUGCCCCGCGAUGACGGCGACCAUUUCGUCCUGGCCGUGUUGUGCUACUUACCGGCCCCUUGGGAUUUCGCCCUCCAUGUCUUCUCCUCCAGGACCUGGGCUUGGAGUCGUAAAGUGCCGCAGGUGGAGGUGUCGUCCAAUGUCAGAGCGCAGAUGCCAUCGAUUCAAGCUUACAAGGUGAUUCAGUUUGGAGAAGGCACACUUGGAUGGGUUGAUCUCUGGAGGGGGAUUCUAUUUUGCAAUGUGCUCGACGAAAUGCCUGUGGCACGCUUCAUCACAUUGCCUAAGGUGAUGGCUGGCAACACGGACAAAGCAAAAUCGUCCGCGUGGCCGCUUCGGAAUGUUGCAUACAGAAAUGGUAUGAUCAAGUUUGUCGAGAUAGAAAAACAUGAAAGACCAGAUGUCGACAAAAGGUUGGAUGAUGACUUGGAUACGCUCUAUGAGUCACACUGCUUGAUGAACCCCAAAGAAAUGGGUUGGAGGGCCAUGACUUGGUACAAGAUGACUUCUUGGGACCAUUGGAGCAAGGGAUUCAUGGCUUAUGACAAGGAAAUCUCGGUUGAUUACCCAAGUCAUUCUAAGUUGUUGCCUGACCUGGCUCUGAGUGACACCUAUGUAAGAGAGUUGACAUUGAAGGACCUGCUAGCAUCUCACCCUGUCCUGAGCUUGACCUGUGAUUGUGAUGAUAUUGUUUACUUGUUGUGUAAAUCCAAAUUUUGCAACAUAAAGACGUGGAUGAUCGCCGUCGACCUGAAAAAGAAGUUGGUUGAUUUGGCACCAUUUCCCCUCAAAGGAUAUUUUACCUCAGCCCACCCUUCUGGAUUGUCCAAAUAUCUGAACAUAACUCCAGCAAUGGAAGGUAGUUCAGGAGGACACUGA